GAGAUGCUAAAACGGAACAAAAACCCGGUGAGAAAAAGAGGGGAGUGAAGAGACCACGUGAAGACCAUGGCCGUGGAUAUUUUGAAUACAUUGAAGAAAACAAAUACAGCAGGGCGAAGUCCCCUCAGCCACCUGUUGAAGAAGAAGAUGAACAUUUUGAUGACACAGUGGUUUGUCUUGAUACUUAUAACUGUGACCUGCAUUUUAAAAUCUCAAGAGACCGGUUUAGUGCUUCCUCUUUGACCAUGGAAAGCUUUGCUUUUCUUUGGGCUGGAGGGAGAGCCUCCUAUGGAGUUUCUAAAGGCAAAGUCUGCUUUGAGAUGAAGGUUACAGAAAAGAUUCCUGUUAAACACCUGUAUACAAAAGACAUUGACAUACAUGAAGUGCGAGUUGGCUGGUCACUGAACACAAGUGGGAUGUUGCUUGGUGAAGAAGAAUUUUCUUACGGGUAUUCUCUAAAAGGAAUAAAGACAUGCAAUUGUGAGACUGAAGACUUUGGUGAGAAGUUUGAUGAAAAUGAUGUGAUUGGAUGUUUUGCUAAUUUUGAUGGUGAUGAAGUGGAACUCUCAUAUUCCAAGAAUGGACAAGAGCUUGGUGUUGCAUUCAAAAUAAGUAAGGAAGUUCUUGAUGGGCGGCCACUCUUCCCACAUGUUCUCUGCCAUAACUGUGCAGUUGAGUUCAACUUUGGUCAGAAGGAGGAACCCUACUUCCCUGUACCUGAAGAAUAUACCUUCAUCCAGAAGGUCCCCCUGGAAGAUAGGGUCCGAGGACCAAAAGGACCUGAGCAAAAGAAAGAUUGUGAGGUGGUGAUGAUGAUUGGCUUGCCUGGAGCUGGCAAGACUACAUGGGUUACCAAGCAUGCAGCAGCAAAUCCUGGGAAAUAUAACAUUCUUGGGACAAAUACUAUUAUGGACAAAAUGAUGGUUGCAGGUUUUAAGCGGCAGAUGGCAGACACUGGAAAACUUAACACGCUGUUGCAGAGAGCUCCGCAGUGUCUUGGAAAGUUCAUUGAGAUUGCAGCUCGUAAGAAGCGGAAUUUCAUUUUGGAUCAGACAAAUGUGUCUGCAGCUGCGCAGAGGAGAAAAAUGUGCCUGUUUGCAGGCUUCCAGCGCAAAGCAGUUGUUGUUUGCCCAAAAGAUGAAGACUACAAGCAAAGAACACAAAAGAAGGCAGAGGUGGAGGGAAAAGAUCUUCCAGAGCAUGCAGUUCUCAAAAUGAAAGGGAACUUCACACUGCCAGAGGUAGCAGAAUGUUUUGAUGAAAUAAUCUAUGUAGAGUUGCAAAAAGAAGAAGCUCAAAAGCUUUUGGAACAAUAUAAAGAAGAAAGUAAGAAAUCUCUUCCACCGGAAAAGAAACAGAACACUGGUUCGAAGAAGAACAAGAAGAGCAAUAAAAAUCAAUUUAAUAGGGGUCAGAGAGGUCGUGGAGGAUUCAAUAUGCGGGGCAACUUCAGAGGAGGAGUCCCUGGCAAUCGUGGUGGAUACAACAGGAGGGGAGGCAACAUGCCUCAGCGAGGUGGUGGAGGUGGUGGUGGUGGCGGUGGCAGCAGUGGUGCAAUUGGCUACCCGUAUCCUCGUGGCCCUGUCUUUCCCAGCAGAGGUGGAUACUCAAACAGAGGAAACUAUAACAGAGGUGGAAUGCCCAACAGGGGAAACUACAACCAGAACUUCAGAGGAAGGGGAAAUAAUCGUGGCUACAAAAACCAAUCUCAGGGCUACAACCAGUGGCAGCAGGGUCAAUUCUGGGGUCAGAAGCCAUGGAGUCAGCAUUAUCACCAAGGAUAUUAUUGAAUACCCAAAUAAAUGAACUGAUACAUAUUUCUCCAAAACCUUCACAAGAAGUCGACUGUUUUCUUUAGUAGGCUAACUUUUUAAACAUUCCACAAGAGGAAGUGCCUGCGGGUUCCUUUUUUAGAAGCUUUGUGGGUUGAUUUUUUUUCUUUUCUUUUUUUGUACAUUUUUAAUUGCAGUUUUAAAGUGAUUCGUAAGAGAACCUCAGCAUUGUGCACGAUAAGAGAAUGUGUCAGUAUUUCAGGGUUCUACAUUUUAUCUGUAAAAUGUGACUUUUUUUUUACCACAACAAAAGUAAAACGUUGCUUUGUACCUGGUGUCUUUUUAUUAAAGAAUUUUCUCCUUUUUCCCCAUCCCCCAAUUUCUAAGAAACAGUCGUGAGUCAUGUCACAAUACGAUAGAAAUGUUAGCAACCAGAUUCGUACAGAGGCUCCUCAGUAGCCCUCAUGAACACCAUGAGAUCAUGUAAAGCUCCAUAUUACACUCCAUCCUCUCUAUGAAGCUUCUGGGUGGGGAGGGGUGGAGGGGGAGGUAAAAGUUUCUGGCAAUAACUAGGACUUUUUGUAACAUUUGGAACUCAAUAAGAUGUUGGGGGCAAAGAGGAAACCUGGGGCUAAAUAGUGAAGGUGGAGUGUAUGUAGAAGCUCUUAAAGUUGUAAAACUUGGUUGCAUUAUUUGUGGAGGCUCAAACUUGUGAAGGUACAACACCAUAAUUUCUUUUCCAUUUGUUCUGCAUUUUGAUUCUGAAAAGAAGCUGGCUUUGCCCAUUUCUUAUUAAACAAAACUUGUUGUAAAUCCAGUUGUCUAAUGGGAUCUAUAUGAAGUUAGCUGUGUGUCUGUAUAACUUUUUCCCCACAAAAUACUGUAUACCUAGUGUGCUUGUAGUAGUUACUCCACCAUUUUGUAAGCUAAUGAAACUGUGAGUCACCCAUUUUAUAUCUAAUUUUUAAUCAUGUCAAUUCUCAAAUGGGUGUAUCUCCUUAGCCUGCUGAUUCCUUUUCUCUUUAAAGAAAGUGGGUGGAGAAAUCUAACUCUAGACAUUUGUUUGCAAUAAAAUAAACUCAUUUUACUCUUGUUUUGGGAUUGUUGCCAUCAAGGUCUAAAAUCCCUUUAAGGCUAUAAAGAGGAAGAGAAUGUACGAAAGCGGUGAUGUUGGACAGUUUUAAACUCAUUACUGUGUACAUGCUGAAAUACUUGUGUUUCUUUAAAAAUCUAAACUGGUGGUUGCUCUGUUA